UGGGUCUUGUGCGGGUGAGAAAGUCAAACGCUGCUCUUGGGAGCAGGAGAUUGAAGCCAACGCAGCGAUUAUGAUUGGAUCCCUGAUGUUUUCAGUGCUGGUGCCAGGCCCCAAGUAAGUGUCAGGGCAAGGAAGCAAGUAGGCGCAAACGACGCCAAGCAAGCUCACGAAGAUGACGCCCGGGACCGUUUGCUGCGCUCUGCUCCCGUGGACGCCCCGUGCGACCUUGGCCGCCCUUUGCCCCCAGCUCGGCUCAACGAGCUGGUCCGGUGAAGGCGCUGCCGCUCAGCAGCCGUCAUGGCUCUCGUCUUGAAUUGCGUCCUUUUGCGACGCGGAAGUGGGCGGCCAAACUCUGCUGCAUCCUCUGCCCAAAUUAGCCCGGUGUCGCUGGGAACAUGUUCACCCUUUUUGGGCCACCGCACCCACCUGGGGAAGUUCUCGCAACAGAACGCUUUGCCCGCCUUCUUCGCAAUUGCGUGCGCUUCCGCGGUGGAGUGGCAACAGAUAUCUUUUUAUGUUUAUUCCUGAAUUUGGCGCCCCGGUAUCCCUUAUCUGCCGUAAAAAAUGUCAACCGCUCGAUGCUGCCAUCUGCCUCGAGCGCUCUGCAAGUGCGCUCGAUGUCAUCUGUGAUCUGAUGCCGCGAAAAACGCGCCAAAUCGUGCGUCGCGAAAGCCAUAUGAUAAAAGAGCCACGAACGAGACCGACAGAUGAACGAGUCUCGCACUGGUCUGUGGACUUCUCAGCCGCCCUCCGAAACUGCACUGGUAGAUGCCGAUUCCCGAGCCCAUGCAGAUUAGCAUUUCGAGCAACUAGAGCCGCACGAAAUCCACCAACGCUACUGAAUACUGCCGCAUUGUCAAUAACAUUGCGGAGCUCUUUGGUGGACAAAUCGUAAAACCGAAUGCUUCUGAUAUUAUCAUCAAACCUCACAUACCUUGCCCACUUGGGGCAAACGAAAUCUAUAAAGCAAUCGACGUUGUUAGCACCAGAUGGCCCCCUCAGAAUCUUGGACGCCCAAACGGUGCCCGCGAGCUCGGAUCUAUAUUUCCCCUCUGCGAAGUCUGUGUCAUCGUCGGUGCAAACAAUAAAUGCUUUUGAAAUCCAAGCAGCAGUAUACACGGAUUCCAAGAUCAAUAACGUCUUCGUGAUGAUUUCGGCCGCACGCCCGAAAGUGCGAACAAAAGUGAAUGGAGCCGAGCCGCCACUCUGCUGCCGCACGCGGCGGCGAGCAGCCGCUAACAUGUUUUUUUAUUUUUUUUCUCAGCCGUAUUCGGUCCAGCCUCUGCCCAGGGCAUCUGCCUGCGAGCAGGCAUAGCUCCCUACAAGUAUACCUUGACGAAGUUUCAAUUCAACGUGAAACCUCGAGCCAAAACUAAAUAGGGAUAGAUAUGACAAAGCUGAUGUGGGGACGUCUGGGAAACCUCUUUACGGUUGUUUGAUAUUCUUCGUGAGCCCCAGAAAUCGAUAUUGAUGUACCGUGCCGAGGGCUGUGCUGUGCCUGGGCGUCUGCCUAGGGUUGGUUCGGGGUGACGGUGACCAUUGACUGGGGAUGUGACUGCGCGGAUGCUGGCAAAAUGUGGACAUGAGUUGGGCACGGGGCAGGGCCUGUCACCUCCGCCUCAGCGUGCCUGGUGCCCAUUGCCUGGGAGCGUGACUGCACGGAUGCUCGCAAAACGUUUUCAUGAGAGGGGAACGGGGCAAGGCCUGUCGUCUCCGCCUCAGCGUGCCUGGUGACCAUUGCCUGAGAGUGUGACUGCACAGAUGCUGGCAAAACGUUGUCAUGAGAGGGGCACGGGGCAGGGCCUGUCACCUCCGCCUCAGCGUGCCUGAGAGCAUCGUCAGGUUCGAAAAAGAAACGUGCGCAGGCCUGAACAUCAAAGUGCAAUUUUCUAUAUGCCAAUAUGGAGGUUCCGUCCAAACUGAACGCCAAUCUUCCAGAUUCGGGUGAGACAAUCAAAUGUGCCGAACUUGUCGUAACACUUCGGCGGCCCUGAGCUGGAAGCCACCACCCACGUCAGCCUCCCAGCACACUCAUUGAAGUGACGUUUGACAGGGAAUGCGGGGCGCUGUCUUCAAAACGAGGACCUAACAUCAGAGGAUUGUUCGGUAAUUUACUAUACUGGCGCCUGCAAGCAUCCACGCUUGGGCAGCGCCUCCCG